AUGGUCGCGGGGCCAUCGCCCCUGCUCGACGUGCGCAGCGAGCAAGAGUUCGUUCUACGCGUCAGGAAGGAAGUGCAGAGAGGGAAGUUGCCUCCAGAUGUUGCUGAUAACUUCGAAAACCUGUACUACAAUUACAAGAAUGAGGUCCUACAAAAUGGGGAUCCAAAUGCAUAUCAGAUCAUGCUUUCCAACAUGAUGGAUUUAUUUGACCGCAUUCUGCUGGAUGCAGAGAGUCCAUUUACGUUUCAGCCUUAUCACAAGGCCAUCAGAGAACCAUUUGACUAUUACACCUUCGGUCAGAAUUACAUUAGGCCACUGGUAGAUUUUAGGUAA